AUGUUAAAAAAAUGUAGACAAUAUUAUCGAAAUAAUCAAACUGAAUUAAAUAAUAUUAAUUUAUUUGAACAGACUUAUAAAUCAGAAAUGGCUAUUGAAUGGUAUACAAAAGAAACAUUUGUUUAUAAAAUGAUCAAUAAAGCGUUAAGAACAGAAGAUAUGACUGAAUUAUAUACAUUUCGUUUAUAUAUAUCUGAUCUUUGUCAUCAAUUAGCUUUAAAACAUAAACAACAACAACAUAAAGAAAUUAUUUAUUUAUAUCGUGGUUUUCGUUUAUCAACAAGUGAAACUGAAACAUUAGCAGCUAAUAUUGGUAAUAUUAUAUCAUUAAAUGGAUUUAUUUCGACAAGUCAUGUGAGAGAUGUUGCUGAACGUUUUGCUACAUCGAAUUAUAAUCAAGAAGGUGUUUUAUUUGAAAUUGAAGUUGAUAGUAAUAAAAUAAUUUUUGCUGAUAUACAUGAAUAUAGUGAAUAUCCAGAAGAACGUGAAGUUCUCUUUGAUUUAGGUGUAACAUUAAAAAUACAUAAUGUACAACGUCCUAGUUCUAAUCAUCCAAAUAGUUUAUGGAUAUUUCAAAUGAAAACAACAGAGGAAGGAACAAAUAUAGCACAUGACUAUAUUAAUUAUGAAAAACGUAAUUUACUUAAUGAUCAAAACAAUCUUUUACUAGUAUUUGGAAAUCUUUUGCUUGACAUGGGAUAUUAUAGGAAAGCAUUGAAUCUAUGUGCUACCAUUUUAUUGACAGGUGUAGACCGUCCAUUUAUUUUGGUAAAUAUAAUUGCACAAGCUCAAGAACAUUUAGGUGAAUGGGACGAAGCAUUAAUCAAUUAUAAAGCUAUAUAUGAAGUAUUAAAAGAUUCUAACACUCCGGAUCGUAUUCGUGUAGCUGCAUCAAUGUUAAACUCAAUUGGAAAUAUCUAUGAUAGUUUACAAAAAUAUGAUUUAGCUUUAGAAAAUUAUUUUAAUGGUUUAGAAAUAAUGAAAAAUAUCGUUACUUCUUUAACAGAUACAAAUGAGGAACAAGAAUUGAGUUUAUUUUAUACUGGUAUUGGUAAUAUAUAUCGUUCGACAAAGGAAUAUCAGAAAGCAUUAGAAUUUCAUAGACAAGCAUUAGAUGUAAAUCAACGAUAUUUACCCGAACAUCAUCCACUUAUUGGAGCAAAUUAUUAUAAUAUUGGUAAUGUUUAUUUGGACAAUAAUCAAUAUGAUGAAGCACUGGAAUAUUUUCGUAUGUCAUUAAAAAUUCGACAACAAGUAUUAACAGCCGAUCAUCUAUUAAUCGGUCAAAGUUGUGAUGUUAUCGGUGUGGUAUAUUUUUAUACAGGUAGUUAUGAACUUGCUAUUGAUUAUUAUCAGAGAGCAUUAAAAAUAUAUGAAAAAAUCUACGCCUGUGAUGAUAUGCAAAUAAAACGAAUGAAAUAUGGUAUUCGGCUAUCUAUUGACAAAAUACAAGAAGAAGAAGAAGAACAACAUCGACAACUACUUGAUAUUUUUGGAAUGUUUAAUAAUGAAACAGAUGAUGGUCAGAUCGAACGAGAAAAUCAUUAA